CUCACUGAGAUAGAAAUGUAUACAUCUCAGUGACAACAUUGUAUCUUUAAGACGGCAAGCCUCGCCGCGGCUGUAGAAGUACAGUACUUUACAAAGGUUUUUGCAAUUUUCUUAUCGUGUUAGAGCGAAACCGUGUUAUAGGAUGCCGUGUUGUAGGAGGGUUCGCGCAAUUUACGAAUCGUGUUAUAGCGAAACCGUGUUAUAAGAUGCCGUGUUGAAGGGCUACCUGUAUAGGGAAAAGCGUGUGAAAGCAGUUGUAAAGGCUACGGUACUGGUUCGGCCGCCCCACCAUCUCAAAAAACCCAGGAUGUCGUGGUGUCGUUGUCGUGUCGUCAGUGUAGACAGUACUUUACCUGUAGAAUCAUAAACAGAAAGGGAAAUUGUACCUCAUCUUUGUUCUAAAAAAAAAUCAAUAAAUUCAGACAAACGAGGGGCGCUUCAAUCGACUCUCCCUACUCUUCCAAUGUAAAUCGUCGUCUCUCUACUGCGAGUGAAACGACGAUGAGGUUACAGGGAUGUUUACGUUUCGAUUCACUCGCGAUAGAGUGAAAACAAAUAAUCGGACAACGAGAAAAUGUGAACGGAGGGGAGGAAAUUGAGUCGAUGAACAUUUGAGAAGGUAUCAUGUUUUUCCCGAUUGGCUGGCCACGGGUUCUGAACACCGCCGAACCGGAGAACGUGACAGCGGUCGUUUGCAACAGGGACAAGAUUCUGUUUGCUGUUCUAACUACCGACACGCUGACCAUUUGGUACUGCAAGCCUUGCGUGCCGAUCGUUUUCAUACGAAGGACAGCGGAUUCUCUAAGGAAACAUGGCGAGAACGUUCUAUUGCAGUGGCGCCCGGACUCCAGCAUGCUCGUCAUCGCUACGUCGGACAGUUAUUUGCUUUUCUAUCGCCUGCAAGAUACCGGACCAGAGGGGAGAGGAUUGUACGAGCAGAGGGACUCACCUGUGACCAGCCUGAAACGCGACAGCGCCGAACUGUUCAUAAAGGAAGUGAUUCCAUCUCUGGUCCUCACUUUCGAGAAAUCAGCGUGGAUAGAUGGAGGGAUCAGUUCUCUGGUCUGUAUCCGCGAUGAAUUGAUGGUCGCGACGAAAACCAGCCACGUGGUGAGGCAAAAGUGGGACGGGACAGUGAACAGGGACUACUCCCUCGAUUUAAGAAGGAUUCCUUUCAGCGUCGAUCAACAAAUCUCGACGGUAGCUGUCCCCUUGACAGAGAAUAACAUCUACGUAACGGACAUCGAGUAUUCUCCCCUUGUCGGAGGAUUUGCGAUCGUUUUAAACAACGGCAAGGCAGCGUUUCUCACUGCGCAGUCCCUAAAAUUCGAUCCGAACCAAGUACAGGGGAUCUGGGCCAGAGACCUCGAAGAUGCGACGUGCGCGGCGGUUAAUCACAAAUACCGGCUGAUAGCCAUCGGCAGGCAGAAUUCCGAGGGCGUCGUUUAUUACGUGGACGAUACUACAGGCAGCCUGGAGAUGUCGCAUGCUCUCAGCCUGUCUUCUAAGGAUUAUCCAGGGAGGCCGGGGCGCGUUCGAUGCCUCCGAUGGACGCCGGACAGCUGUGCCAUCGCUUUGGCCUGGGAAGGAGGCGGCCUGGCUAUUUGGAGCACCUUCGGCGCGCUUCUACUCUGCACCUUGAAGUGGGACUACGGUUUAAGAGUAGAUCUAACUCGCGACAAUCCCCUGCACAUCCACACAAUGGAGUGGUCUGCCGAAGGAUAUCAGCUAUGGAUGCUUAGGGAGUCCCCUGGACCUUCUCUGACCGAGGAGAACGACAACGACAGAUCCAACUUCAAGUGUUCUUUAAUACAAUUGGAUUUCGUGAAGAGCCCACUGACCGUCAAUCCUUGCAUGGGACAGCACGGACAUUUGUAUUUGCAAGGCGAGGAUAGGCUGUAUUUGAACCUUGGCGGUGGUGUUUCGACCCAUGCUAACAAUUUUCAUAUUGGAAAUGAAAUUCCUAACGAUACGAUCAGCCAGACGUUGGCUGGGUGCAAGCAGUGGCUCGUAGUUCCCAUACCGUCGGCUUACAGCGGCGCAAAUUGGCCCAUACGAUAUACUGCGAUCGACAGCGAGGGGAUGAGCCUGGCGGUGGCAGGGAGAACCGGCUUGGCCCAUUACUCGCUCCCAUCUCGGAAAUGGAAGCUGUUUGGUAACGAGACUCAAGAAAGGGACUUUAUAGUCACCGGGGGUUUACUCUGGCACCGGGGAUUCCUAGUAGCCAGCAGUUAUUCCAUUUUAGACGAUAAGGAUGAGGUCAGGAUUUAUCCACGUGAUUCGCGGCUGGACAAUAAUUACGUGAGGACUGUCAGAAUGCCGUCGCAGGUGUUGCUGUUGAACACGUUGAAGGAUAGGUUGCUGACCUUCUGUGCCAAUGGACAAAUCAGUAUUUAUGACAUGGUGCUGGAGACUAAUGGGAAUGAGACUUAUGAACAACUCGAUAUCUCGUCAGAUUCCGGGAGUAUUGACCUGACCAGACUUCAAACUGUUGAUAUCAGCGGGCUGUGCGUGCAUCCAGCCUGCGUAGUCAGCGCUACGCUCACUACUAUUCGUGCCGAAACAGCUGGCAGCCACCCUCAUCCCGAAAGUCUCUUAUUAAAUGUCUCAGGCCGGCUUCUGAUGGUCCAGAGAGAACACUGCAACGACAAUCCAGAAAUGUUGUAUAGCUGCAGCGCGCCUACGGUGUUGGCUUCAUGCGUGGAAAACGUCUGGGUGCCAUGGAGGUCUCGCAGGGACAAGCCCCACUUGACCGAGGCUCUUUGGCUGUUCUGCGGGGCUCACGGGAUGAGAGUCUGGCUGCCGCUGUUCCCCAGGAAUCAUCAGGAGAAGACCCACACGUUCAUGAGCAAGAGAAUCAUGCUGCCUUUCCAUUUGAGGAUCUACCCUCUCGCUAUCUUGUUCGAGGAUGCGAUUUUACUCGGUGCUGAGAACGACACGGUUCUCUUCACGUCUGAUACCAACUCGCCCUUCUCGUUACCCUUCAGUUUAUUAGAAUUGACGAGUCAAGUGUACCUGCACCAGAUACUCCGGCAGCUGAUCCACCGUAACUUAGGCUAUCACGCGUGGGAAAUUGCCCGCUCCUGUUCAGCACUGCCAUACUUCCCCCAUUCGCUGGAGCUGCUGUUGCACGAGGUCCUCGAAGAAGAGGCGACAAGCAAGGAGCCAAUCCCGGAUGCCCAACUGCCAUCCAUAAUAGAGUUCAUCCGCGAGUUCCCUGGCGUCUGGGCCAGGGCGGUCGUCCAGUGCGCGAGGAAAACUGAGAUCGCUUUAUGGCCUUACCUCUUCUCCGUCGCUGGCCCACCGAAAAAGUUGCUACAAGACUGUUUGCAGCGACAACAGCUGGACACUGCUGCCAGUUAUUUGAUCAUCCUGCAAAACUUGGAACCUUCCACCGUGAGUAGACAGCAUGCGACGCUGUUGUUGGAUGCUGCGUUGGAACAGGGAAGGUGGGAGUUGUCUAAGGAUCUCGUUAGAUUCUUACGAGCAAUCGAUCCUAACGAUGUCGAGUCGCCAAGAACGUCUUGGGGCGGGACAUCAAAAUUAGGAGGGCCUCCGCAGACCCCGCCGCUCUCGCCACACGAAGACGACUUAUCCCUAGUAUUAGGGACCAUGCAAGUGUCGAGGAGUCGAAGCUACAGCACGACAGCGACUCCGAAAGUCCAAUCGGAUUCCGUGACGAAAGACAUAGCACCAUCCUCGAUGUUAGAAAAGACUAGGAACGUCGUGAUGAGAAGGAAGAAGUCUGUACCGGCUAACACGUCAAAGAACGAGAAAACCGACACGAAAGAAGGUUCGGCGGAAGAAUUCUUCAUCGACGUGAUCCUGCAGCGGCACGCGCGUCGCCUGCUGUCAGCCAAGCGUCUGGCAGACUUAGGGAGGUUCGCAGCGCGGCUGGAUUUCCAUUUAGUGACCUGGUUCGCCCGGGAACGAGACAGGGCAGCUAAGAUCGACGACUACGUCGCUGCACUCAAAGUUGUCCACGAAGAUUUCUCGUUCGCUUACCCCGUACUGUCCCUGCCGACCCUCCAGAAGUACCGACGAUCCAGUCUAACUUCUCUGAGGUCCAUCCGAUCGAUGGAGAGCCCCGAAGAGGACUCGAACUUCGCUGUGGACCUGCCCGACAGCGGUUACACCAGCUUACCCAGCGGCAGGCCCCCUUACACCACUUUAGUUUCGCCUGUUGCCAGCUUGGAAACCCAGUUCCCGGCUGCUGAAACGAAGUUGAACGCAAACAUGCACGAUUCGAACAGCGUUAUAAGCGACACGAGCACUAUUUGGCGCGACGACACAGAGUCAAUCGUCGGCACAGGCGUCGGGACCGUCUGCUGGAUCUCACCGGACCCAGUGGAACAAACCGAGGUGCACAACGCAUCGCCGUGCGCGCCGGUAAGCCGAGCGGAGGUCCAGCUGAGGUACCUCCUCCAAUUGUUUUUGGAAGGAGGCUGCCUAGGCUGGGCCGCGGUACUGGCUACCGUUUUAAGAGACGCCCCGGCCAUGGCGAGAACCGUACGAGCAGCACACGCUCCCAUGCAGACAUUCGAUUCGGUGAUUAACCUUAGGGACGGGCUUUUGACGCUAACUCGAUGGUCCCACAGCGAAUGUUUGGGUUACAGGCCCUUCGUGUCAGGUAUUCAAGGGCAGGUCUCGCAUCUGAAUCGAUUGAUCGUCGCGAAGCAGCAGCAGGAACAGGAACAGAUACCGGAGAGCCCGUCGCCGAGCCCAGCACCUUCUGCUGGUAGUAAUCAGCGAGGAAAUCUGUCGAGGUCCAGGCAUUCCUCUAUCAGCCAUGCCUCUGCCAGUUCGCCCUUGGAGGAGGAGAGGGUCGAGUUGACUCUUAGCGUCGAGGACGCAGCGUUUCGCGGAAGUUACAGCAAUCUUGAAAAUGCGGACAAUAAUAAUUCACAGUCCACCUGCGUGGUCUCCUAAGUUUAUCAGCGGAAUUACAAUAGAGAAACUUUGUUAAGAAAUUUAAUCGGGCUUCUAAGGGUGGAAGAAUGUUUUUUAUCGACUUGUAAAUAUGUUUAAUUAACUGUUAACGUGGUCAAUCAGAAAUCGACGCGACCUGGCAACUCUUCCUUUCUUCAUAGACAAUAUGUAAAGUAAUUUCUAUGAUGUAAACAGAUAGUUCGUACAAUAAUCGCAAUAAUUGUGAUCGAAUCGUUUAAAAAUAUUACCGUCCCGUAAUAAUUCUGUUGUUCCUUUAGGUAAACCGAUGUCAAUAAUACGGUAGACGUAGGUAAUUGACGAUCAAUACUCAUAUACAGCAAACUCUCACUACUUAAUUUUGCAAAUCGACCGUUCAUAUUUCUGUUUAAUCGAAAUGAAUAUUGUAUAAGGGUUUUCAAUAAAAUUUUCACGCGACUGUUAUUAAACGUA